AUGGUCAAAAAGAAAAGCGGAAGGUUUCUUAAUCCCGCCGAUGCACAUCGAAAGGCGAUGCGUCAAAAGGAGAUCAAAAAAAACAAAAUGGAAAGGAAAAGAGUAAGAACUCUUGUUAUGGUCCAUAAAGACACAUCAAAACUUGAAGAAGAGAUAGCAAGAUAUAGAGCUCUUGACAGAGAAAAAAGAUUGGAUAAAAAUGGAAAAAUUAAACUUAAAGAUCUACAAGAGAAGCUCUCCAAAAUCAUCGAGGCCAAGAAGGCUCACGGUGUUGUCAUACAGAAGCAAGAAAGAUGUAAAACCCAUACAUUUCCAUCCAUCCUUAAAUUCUUCCGGACUAACCACGUCCAGUGGACCCAAACUCCAGGUCAAAGUGAUGAGGAGAGUGGCAGCGAAUAUUCGGAUAAUGAGAAAUCUUCUAAGGGAUCUGAUUCACAAUCCAGUAAAGAAUCGGACGAUGAUAUUUCGCUCCCUUCCGGUAAGGCACCAAGUGAUUCAGAGGAUGAGUUACCCGAAGUCGAAAAUGAUGCGAUAAUGUCGACACAACCUUCUAAUGUAUCGAGAUUGCCACCCCCCUUCGGAUACGCACCGUCUAAUCUUCCUCAAUAUCCACCAGCAGGGACGUACAUGAUGUAUAAUAGUUCCCCAGGGUCACAAAAUAAUUUAAGAUCGAAUGUGAUGUCAACACCUUCGCCAGCGGCGUUUCCUCCUGCAAAUGGCAACCAACAAUAUUUACUACCACAUCCGCCAAUGCGUCAAAUGCAACCUCAAGGAUUUCCAUUACGACCAAUCGAUUCUCCACCUAGGCCACCACCAUUUGGAACACAAUUUUCACAUUAUGGUACUCCACAACCAAUACAAGUUGGAAAUAAAGCGCCAAGGGAUCUUAUUAAAAGCAAAUAUGCGAUUGAUCCAUUGGACCAAGUUUAUGGAUCUCCGUCGCGAAAUUUCCCACAGCCUAAACCCGAACAGCAGACAAGACCCACUGUGACCGCUAUUCCAAUUAUUCAAGCAGAACCACAAGUUCGUAAUCUUCAAAAGGAACUCACCACCUUCGUCCCUGCGUCGCUUUUACGAAAGAAGGCUUCAGCAAAAAAACCGAAAGUUGCUAGACCAAUCGUAAAUGCGGCACCUAACAUUGAUGAUGGUAUGAACGUAACCACGACAACGGCCGUUAAGAGGAGUGCUUCGACGGCAAUAACCUUAUUACAACAGUCAGAAUAUGACACUCAGGCGUCAGAACAACAAGUCCCAGCUGGUGCCCCUGCAAAGAAAUCUAGAACGAAGAAGAAAGUUGACGAAUAUGAUAAAUUUAUGGCAGAAAUGCAAGAUUUAUUGUGA